UCCUUGCGCGGUCUAUUACUUGUAAUUAAACACAAAGACCUCUCUCAACUUAACAUAUGGAGAAUUGUUGUAACACACUAACAUUAAAGAGUCUUUGGGUUAAUCGGCUGUUCAGAAAGUCAAUACGGCGUUGGGCUGCUUUUCCUGCGCAGGCUACGUGUUUGGUGAAAGGUCCCAAAAAGGAAAACAAACGCGCACACCACGCAUCUGCAGUUCGGACUUCGGAGAAAGGAGCGGAAGAAGAUUGAACAGAGAUAGGGAGUGACAUCACCUGGAAUGCCGACUGCGGCGAACGCCCCAUCAUCUUCAGCCAAUGCCGCGUCGAUCUUCAGGCGGUCGCGAUCCCUUUGUCUCCGGACGACGGCGGCGCCGCGAUCCGUUUUUACUCCAACGGCGGCGGCGGCGGUGGUGAAGAGGGCCAUUUCGUGCAAAGCCACGCUCACCACCGAUGUAUCCCGUUUGUCGACGCCGGAGGCCGUGGAAUCGAAGGAGGUUGAAGCGGCUGUAAAGAUUGGGGCGAGAAUACGCGUGAAGGCGCCGGUCAAGGUCUUCCAUGUUGCGAAGGCGCCGGGGCUGGACUUGUGCGGGAUGGAGGGGGUAAUCAGGCAGUAUGUUGGUUUCUACAAAGGGAAACGCGUGUCUGCCAAUCUGCCCUACAAGAUCGAGUUCCUCCUGCCUGUCGAGGGGAACGAGAAGCCUAUCAAGUUCUUCGCCCAUCUCAGGGAAGACGAUUUCGAGGUCUUGUAAGCUUUACUUCUUCCUGUUAGGAUUCGUUAUUGUUGUAUGGUGUGAUCCAGGGACCGCAAGGAAACCCUAGAUCUAAAUAACCAAUUAAAUUGAUGCCAUUAUAAAAUGUGACGCAAAGUAUUCUAAUUUUUUGAAUCGCAUUUGCAUCGA